UCCAGUCCAGUCCGGUCCAAUCUGGCUUACCAAACAAGAGCUAUCAGCAGAGGCUCCAAUUUCCUCCUCUCAUCAUGCAUUAGGAAUCUCAGUCUCAAUCCAAAUCUUGUGGGUUCGAUUCCCAGGAGGGGCCUCCUUGCUCGCGCGAACCAAACAAGGCUGAUGAGGAAGAGAGAGGAAGAAGAUGCCCACCAGAACCCUCCCGCCGUCGACAAGCUUCAGCAAGUCGUGCACAGCAACUCUACAGGCGGUUGGGACAAGUGCUGGGAGCAAGGUUUGACCCCUUGGGAUUUAGGGCAGCCAACGCCUGUUAUUUCCCAUCUUCAUCGGACGGGAGCCCUUCCCAAGGGCAGGGCUCUUGUCCCUGGAUGUGGCACUGGAUAUGAUGUUGUAGAAAUUGCAUGUCCUGAACGUCAUGCCACUGGAUUGGACAUUUCAGAGAAUGCCAUUAACAAAGCUCUGGAGUUGUUUUCCUCACUUCCCAAAGCACGGUACUUUACCUUCUUAAAGGUGGACUUUUUCACUUGGCAUCCAACUGAAUUGUUUGAUCUCGUUUUUGAUUAUACGUUCUUCUGUGCUGUUGAACCAGACAUGAGAUCUGCAUGGGCACGGAAGAUCGCAGAUAUCUUAAAACCGGAUGGGGAGCUCAUAACACUGAUGUUUCCUACCAGUGAUCAUAUUGGUGGACCGCCUUACAAAGUGUCAGUUUCAGAUUAUGAAGAGGUUUUGCAUCCCCUGGGCUUUAAGGCAACCUCCAUCGUAGACAAUGAACUAGCUGUCCGACCUCGCAAGGGAAGAGAGAAACUAGGAAGGUGGAAGAGGUCUCUAAGCAAAUCCUCUCUCUGACAAUGACCGGCCGUCAUUUGUUUUCCCUUUGCCUCUAAGGAGCUAUCAGUCUGCUAAAGCAAAAGCAUCUGCAGCAAUUUUUCUUUCAAUUCUUAAUAAUUGGUCAGUGUUUAAGGAUCCCUGGAAACAGAGGGUGAUGUGGUGUACGUUUGAGCCUAUUACUCUUCCCAGACUUUGACGAAAGCUUCAAGCAUAAGGCUGUGUAUUGAAUUGGAUGACAAGAAAAUAAAUGCUCGAUAUUGUGUAAUACUUUUGUUCGUGGUUCAUUUCGAAUCUGUAAAUGCGCACAAACGAUCCUUUUGCUCCA